AUGAUUUCAUCACAGACUACAGUAGAUGAGACGGGCGUAAAGAAACACCUCGAAGCCAAAUUGGCCAAAGAUGGGAAUGCCUCCCAGUGGACUUCGCAACUAUUGCAGCAUUUGAUUGUGCAAUUUGAUGACCCGCAAAAAACGAAUUUGCCCGAACUUUUGACCCGCAUCCAAAUGUAUACUACCACAAUGAAAAAGAGACGCGAAAAAAAGAGCCACAUAUGGACACUUGGAGAGCUCAACUAUCUAUUUGAGCAAUACAUCGUCACCAAAAUGCCUUUUGUAGCAUACCGUCAAGAUCUGCCGAGGCUUAGCAGCCCAAGGCGGGGCGCCACCUGGUAUCCAAUGGCGUUUCGAAAGCGGAUAUGGCCCGGAAAAGAGAUACAAAAACAUAACGGCUUAUCACAAUGGCUCCAGGCCAUGGAUCACGAUAGCGAUUUGAACAGCGUUUUGGCCCCGGUCUUUGCAAAGAUGUUUCUGGAGGAUGCCGGCCUCCUCCCGCACGAUUUCCUCCCGCAGAGCUCGUUGCAAGCAUAUAUGGGCCAUUGUGUAGACAAGCGUGGCACUGUGCCGUUCAGCAGUGUGUCUGGAUAA